AUGUGUUGCGAAUGCCAAAUAUUUGUCUAUGCGGCUAUCGCUAAACAUAUGACACCUAUUAACGAUAUUACUUUUGUUAAUAGUGCAUCAUAUCUACAUUUAAAUAGUGGUAGAGUAGUAAAAAAUCUUGGAUCUUUGUCGGAUGAUAUAAUUGAAUUAAAUAUUGGUGGUCAAAAAAUGACCACAUUACGUUCGACAUUGACUGCUGUACCCAAUUCAAAACUAGCUUUGAUGUUUCGGAAAGAAAAUAUGAACAAGAUGUUACCUAUAGAUAAACAAGGUGCAGUAUUUUUUGACUAUAAUCCAAUGUAUUUUAAUUAUUUACUUGAUCAAUUACGAACAAUCAAGCGAAUGUCAAAAAUAUUAGGAUAUCAACUACAAUUUUCAUCACCAUAUCUAAGCACACACGUAAAUUUUACUCAUAUGCUUAUUGAUCUUGGACUGACACCUGAUCAUUUCUUAUUACCAAUGGAAGGUACACAUGUUAACUUGACCGUAAAGUCUCUCAUUGGUUGGCAAGAAUGUUAUCGUAGUACAUACGAUUUACCAUUCGAUUUAUAUGUAUUAACAAAAUCGUGUAAUGGUAGUCGACUUCUUGUUGCUUGUCGUUCAGUUAGUAAUAAAAAGAUACUUACUCUAGCGGCCAUCGGACAACGUGAAGAAAUUUUACAUCCAUGUUUACCAAAACGAUGUAAAAUUAAUGGUACAUCUAAGAAGAUAAACAAAAAAUUCAUAUGUUCAUCACAUCAUCAAUGUAUUACUCAAGCAAAACGUGGUGUUGGCUGGUAUCAUGUGAAUAAUCAAACUUGGGGUUUCGUGCGUGGAUCUUUAUCAUUUGUAGUCAAUCCGUGCGAUGCAAAUUUUGUUUUACUUGAUCCAUCUUAUUUUGGUUCGGAUAUUCGUAAUCGAAAUGAUGAGGCAGAAAUUAUUGAUAAACAACGUUUAGAAUGUCAAAUACGUAUGAUUACAUAUGUGUUAACAAAAUUUUCAAAAGUACAACGUGUUUCAUAUAGUAAAUGUUCGAUACAUCGACAAGACAAUGAACAAGUGGUUGAAACAAUUCUUGAUCAAUUUAGUGACACAUUUCAGCUUGUUGAUUUUCUACCUCAAAGGGAAAAUCGUGGACAAACAGAGAGGACGCGAGCAUGUUUACGUGCUUUACCAGAUGAUAAAUUAACAAAUGGAUUUUUUGUUGCUUGUUUUGAAAGAAUAAUAAAAAUAGAUACUUAA